CGAAUUUUUGUUUGCUUAAAACGAUCAAAAAUGGCGUCCAAACGCAUUUAUUGUCUGGUAGUGUUCUUCUGCUGCAGUACAGUUGACGCUCUUACAUGCUACCAAUGCGUCGAUGUGUCCACGUCUAGCAGUUUCAUAAGCACAGUGGGACAUACGGAUCCUAACUGCGAAACUCCAUCAUUUAGCACUGCUACCACUACGUGUCAGACGGGGGAAGUAUGCGGAUACGUAAAGGGAAAGGUGGAUGUAUCAUUGGAUUUAUUUGUGACAACGAUUGAAGCGACAAUUAAUCUACACACACGGGAUUGUAUGUCUGUGGUGUCAGGAACAAGCAUGAAAUGCUACAAAAACCAAUAUUACACUGAUGUUAUAAACAAAGCACUGUCCUUUAUCGCUGAUUUGGUUGAUGUAGAGUUUGAUGGUGAUGUAUGUUUCUGCAAAGCACGGAGUCUUUGUAAACCACCGGAUUAUACCCCUUCGCCAAGUUAUGGUAGUCUCAGUUGGGUGUGGUUGGCUAUUGGUGGAGGAGCUGCCGGGUUUAUCAUCCUGAUGAUUUGUCUUUGCUGUUGCUGUUAUUUCUGUUGCUGUAAGGAACGUCCAGCUCCACAGCCUGUCAUCAUACACUCUGGUGCAUCUGUGGCUCCAGUUGGUAUGGUGACGUAUGCAAACCCAGGAUAUGCUCACGGUGGGAUUAUUUUGAGUCACCAUGGACCAACUCAGAACCCUGGACCCUUACCGUCCAACGUACCCGAAGAGACCCAUGGGCCCAGAGAGACCAAUAGACCCAUACAGACCCAUGGAUCCAUGCAGACUCAAAAUAUCAACCAGUAGAUUAUGCACCAUUACAAAUACUUGAAAAGUUAAGAACUGCCAUCAUGGAGAAUCUCCAACGAUCUAGAAAGAUCAGAGAGAUCAGAAGAGAUCAGAAGAGAUUAGCCAGAUUGUGAGAAUAUUAUUGGGAGCAUGGGGUUUUAUCAAAACAUUAUUAAAAGGAAGUAAAAUAUUUUAAUUUUAAUUUCAAAUUACAUUUAAGUUUAAUAGAUAGUGAUAGAUGUGAAACAUCAGAUAUCUAAAUUUUUCUAUGACAUUUUAAGAGCAAAUAAGGCAGAAAAGUGGUACGUGAAAGAUACAUGGGAAAAGCAAUUUUGUUAUAAAAAAGAUGAACUUAUUGAUGAAAUUAAUUGGGAUAAUUUUUGACACCAAAAUAAAUUGUAAAGAAACCAAAAUUGCCAACUUUAACUAUAAAAUAAUUAGUAUAAUACUACCCAGUAAACGUGAGCUUUUUAUAUUUGGUAAAACAGAAAAUUAUAGUUGUGAUAUUUGUGGAAAUCCUGAUUCAGUAAAACAUUUAUUUUUUAAUUGUGUUUUGGCCAGGAGUGUGUGGAAUUUUAUACAAGAUAAAUCAAAAUUAAGAUUGAAUGACUAACACCCCAGUCACAUUUGUCGCACGGCGGCCGCAAGUCGACCGCAGAUCA